AUGAAGAGAGCUGAUCGUUUGCGCGAGAUUGAAGAGGCUGAUGGUGUGGUUGCUGAGAAAUGCAAAAUUUUGGCUGAUUUACUAAAGAAAUCAAAAUGCACUGUCGUUUAUACUGGAGCCGGAAUCAGCACGGCGGCAUCAAUACCAGAUUAUCGUGGUCCUAAUGGUGUUUGGACAUUGGCUGAAAAAGGAAUCGUAUCUUUCAAAUGUGCAAAUCCGGUGGAAUCGGGACCAACUGCAAGUCAUAUGAUAUUAAAGGAGAUGUGUCGGAGCGGAUUGGUGCGUCAUAUAUUGUCACAGAAUUGCGAUGGUCUUCAUUUGCGUUCAGGCUUACCACAAAAAAUGCUUUCUGAAAUCCACGGAAACAUGCAUAUUGAAGUAUGUCAACAUUGUGAACCACCACGACAGUACGUCCGACCUUUCGAUGUCACUGAAAAAAGUCAGUUCAGGCGUCAUGGCACUGGCCGCAUGUGUGUGGUAUGUAAUAAUGAAUUAACGGAUACAAUUGUGCAUUUUGGUGAGGCUGGUAAGGUACCAUGGCCAUUAAACUGGAAUGGAAUUAUUUCCUUAAUGGGUCGGUGUGAUCUCAUAUUAUGUAUAGGAACAAGUUUAGCUGUCCUCAAGGAAUAUCAUUUUUUGUGGCCAAAACCAAAAAGUGGUACACAGAUAGCGAUUAUAAAUCUGCAAUGGACACCGAAGGAUAGGUUAUCUUGUUUGAAAAUUAAUGCAAAAUGUGACGUCGUCAUGGAAAAACUGGCGGGUCUUCUGGGAAUUCCAAAUAAUCGUUAUUGCCGGAACUGUGAUCCGGUGCUUAAUCCAAAACGGAGUGUACGUGUUUGGGAGUUAAGAGAACGCUUAACGGACUGUACUUGUCGAAACCGCAUAUCACGUUCAACUGUUCAACAGCAACCUUCAGAGGGUAUUCCUGGAUGGUGGGCAUUUGAAAUUCAGAAAGCAAUAAAGAGAUCUUCACAAACAUCUCGUGGAAGCUCUGGAAAGCGUCAUUGCUCGAACAGCUCCCAUCGCAAUGAUUCCUCAAAUGCUGCUUGUGAUUUAGUUUCGGGAAGUUCAGGGGAUGCAAGGAACGCCUUAGAUAGUAUGCUGUUAUCGACAAAAGAACAAAACAACGAAUCAGUGAAUGAAAAAGGAAUAUUGCCAAGUGGCAGCGAAAUAAAUCCAAAAAUUUUUGCCAAUAAGAAUUCUAGCAGUUUAUCUGAAAACUCGACUGAAAUAUCAUGUACGGAUGGGAGUGUUGUGGAUCCUGCAGUUGCAGAAUGUUUAUGUGGUAUUUUACUGUCGCUUAAAAAGGAGCCAAACUCGUUAUCAGUAGCUUCAAAGGUGCAAAAUGUGGUACCUAACACCAUAUCCGUUUGCACUUAG